CUAUGAAUAUCCGAACAAAAAGAGUCCCAACUUCCAUUUAAUACAUCCUUUUUCUCCCUCCUUCCUCCUCCCUCCUUCCUCCUCUUCCUUCUCCCUUGCCACUAAUCCCUGAAAAAUAGCCCUAGCUUUUUGGAGCUCAAAAAUGGCGUCAUCCAAUCCAUUGAUGUUCCACUUCCUUUUUAAUCAAUGCAUCAAACCCAUGAUGUAUCUCAGAUUUCCCUCCAACAUCUUUCUUUAUAAUCAGUGAAUCCUUCCAUGGUUGCCACAUCCAUCAUCAUCAUCUUCAUCACUCACUCACUCACUCUAACCAUCAUCAUCUUCUUCAUCAUCAUCAAAAUCAUCAAUGUCAUACACACCAAAAUCAACCCGAAAUCACCAUUUCUUAACCCACAAACUCCUAACAAAAAGAACUUCCCUAAUAAUCUUCCUUCUCUUCUUCACCUUCAACCUCAUCUUCCUCUCCUUCAACCACCCUCAACUUUCUCUCUCCUCCACAUCAUCAAAACCAUGGCCUAUUCUCCCUUCUUACCUCCCAUGGACACCACCCUCAUUUUCUCUCUCCUCCUGUGAAUCCUUCUUUGGCAAUGGCUUCUCUAAAACACUCACAUUUUAUCCUCUUAUGACACCCACUAGUUCUUCCUGGUUUCAGUGUCAUUAUAGUAAGACUCUUAAGAGCUCAAUUUGUGAAGGUGGGAGGGUUUUAAUGGACCCUGAUAAGAUUAGGAUGUCUGGUGGUGGUGAGAGGAUUGAUGAGGUUGUUGGUAGGUCUGAUGAGGAAGAGAUUCCUGUGUUUGAAAAUGGUGCGUUUCGAUUGAGGCGAAACGAGGGGAAGAAAUGGGGGAAGGUUUUUUGAGGAGAAGGUUUAGAUGAGUUUGUUGUUAAUCAUGGGUCUAAUGUGAGACAUACUAUGAGGGAAUUGUUUCAGUCUAUGGAAGUUGUUGAUGAUCAACUUGAUUUUCAGUGUUCUCAGUGGAUUGAGGAGCCAACAUUACUGCUGACACGGUAUGAAUAUGCUAAUGUGUUUCACACAUACACAGAUUGGUAUAGUGCAUAUGUUAGCUCUAGAGUGACUGGGUUGCCAACACGGCCACAUGUGGUUUUUGUUGAUGGCCACAGUAAGACACAGUUAGAGGAAACGUGGGAAGCACUUUUUUCAACCAUCAGAUUUGCUAAAAACUUCACUGGUCCAGUCUGCUUUCGCCAUGCUGUCUUUGUACCUUUGGGAUAUGAGACAGCCUGGUUUAAGGGUCUGAAUCAACUGUAUCAACCUGUCAAUUGUCACGGGGCUUCUGCAAAGACCCUGUGGACAAACCCUGAUGAUCGUAAGACUGCCCGACUAUCUGAAUUUGGGGAGAUGCUAAAGGCGGCUUUUGACUUACUUAUUGAUACACCCAGAAGUCCGAAGCCCUCAGAAUACGAUGUACUGUUUGUUCGACGAGAAGAUUAUCUGGCACAUCCACGUCAUGAUGGUAAAGUUGAAUCUAGACUCAGCAAUGAACAAGAAGUGUUUGAUGCUCUGAAAGCAUGGGCUUCUAACUAUUCUCAGUGCAGUAUAAACCUUGUAAACGGGCUGUUUGGUCACAUGUCUAUGAGAGAGCAAUUCCGAGCUAUACAGGAUGCGUCAGUAAUUAUUGGAGCUCAUGGGGCAGGUCUCACCCAUGUGGUAUCAGCAUUACCAAAAACUGUGAUUCUUGAAAUUAUUAGCAAGCAGUUUCGGCGUCCUCAUUUCCAAUUAAUCUCCCAAUGGAAAGGUUUGGAAUACCACGCCAUUAAUCUCACUGAAUCUACUGCUAAUUCGACAAAGGUCAUUGAACGGCUUAAGCAGAUCAUGAAAAGCCUUGGAUGCUAAAGCACUGUAUAUUUACUGCAUAGCUAAGCAAAAAAUGAACAGCCUGCCAUGAUUAGGAGCUAGGAUGGACAUUAGAGAAAUAUAGUUAGAUUUGAAGAGUUCUGGUGAUGGUGGCUGUCAAUUCGAGGAUGCAGCUUCCUGAGCAUUUACAUUUACUUUUCUGUGAUUUGCUUCCACAGGCAGCUCUAUGCAAGGUUUCUCAUCUCAGAAACUCUAUGAGCGCGCUCAUGAUCAGACACUUACGGUUCUCAUAUCUUGUACCUCUUAUAAAUUGGUCGAAGUUAGAUUCUACGACAAUUAUUUAGCAGCGUAAAAAUAUCAUUUCAAGACUUAUUUUUUUGAUAAGACAUUCAAGUUCCUUUUAGAUGGUCUUCAGUCUGCAGUCUUCAGUAUGUGGCGGACAGCGAAUACAGCGACGUAUGAUGCAAAAAUUAUUAUGCAUUCUAGAGUCUUCCUUAAGUUUCAGAUAGAAUUGUUCUGGUGGUGGCCACCACUGAAUCACACAUUAUGAGGUAGUAAAUCUUUCUCACUGUUAUUCUUCAAGCUGCUCCAUGCAAAAAAAAGGGAUAAGGUGGGCUUAACUUAAGGAUAGGUAUUUACAUCUUAUGUUGGAAGAUCAAAAUGUUUUUAGUGGGGUUGUUACAUAUCUAUAUCAGAAGAAUAGGGUGUUUUUCUUUCUCUAUUUUUUUUGCUUGUUCUUGGUAGGGCAGAGUGUAGGUGUUACUAUAUGAAUUUUGGAUUGGAGCAUAUCAUAGUGUAAGGUGGAUCUGUAUGCCAAUUGGGUGCUAGCUUGUAAAGUACAAUUUGAUGUUCAUGGAUCAUCUUGCUGUCUUUGUCCUGA